UGUUGCCGAAUGCCGAUAUGUCGAAGUAAAGUAAAAGCUUAAAAAAUUGUUCGGGGGUGAAGUGUGACAGUUUAUAACGUCAACGUCAACGGCAGUCUCAAGUGCGCCCGACCGCCUGCCUAUAAACAUUACUGCCAUCUCAAGGGUACGUAUUCGUUCUAAAAAUAGAACUGGUAGACGGUCUCCGUUCUGAGGUUCGCAGUACGGUUAGUACUGAGUACGGUACGGGUUGUUAAUUACAUUUGGUUUGAAUCGAGCGCAAUGCCGCGACGACGUUCAGAUAUUGGUCGCCGUACACGACAAAUAAAUUACGUCCGUCACGCACGGUCCCGAAGAACAGAGGAGGAACAUGCAGCAGAAAAUGAACAAGUUAGAAAUCACAAUUCACGCGUCCGUGAAAACAUUACACAAGAACAACGCCAAAUGCGAAGUGAAGAACGACGUGUUGCGUAUCGACGAGUAAGAUCAGCAACACGUGCCACUAAUCGAAUAACAUUUCUACGGCUUGCAUUCGACUAUGAUCCAACAAUUGAUUAUAACUCGCAUCGCAACAUUGAUAUUGGUAAUAUGGAUAAAGUGUGUGCCCAUUGUCAAGCAUUGAAAUACGAAACGGAAGCGCCCGGGUUGUGUUGCGUUAAUGGACAAGUAAAAUUAACACCCUUACAACAAGCACCGGAACCGUUACUAACAUUAGUAUCUGGAACUACUUCUCAAUCAAAACAUUUUCUCACUAAUAUUCGGAAGUACAACAGUUGCUUCCAAAUGACGUCAUUUGGUGCAGAUAAAAUAAUUACUGAUCACUUCAUGCCAACAUUCAAAGUGCAAGGUCAAAUAUAUCACACUGUAGGUUCAUUAUUGCCGAUAUCUGAUGAACAACACAAAUUUCUACAGAUAUAUUUUCUUGGCAGUUCGGAUGAUGAGGUCAACACUAGAUGUGCCAUUACUUCUGGGAUACGCCGUCAAAUUGUAGAGUCAUUACAAAUCUUACUCGAUCAGCACAAUCAAUUGGUAAAAUUAUUUAAAACUGCAAUAGACCGAAUGCCGUCCGACAAUCACAAAAUAGUUAUAAGAGCUGACAAAACACCUGGAGGUGAACAUUCAAGACGAUUUAAUGCACCAACAAUAAAUGAGAUAGCAAUUGUCAUUGGUGGUGAUCAAUUUGAAGCUAGGGAUAUUGUUUUGCAUCGGCGAAAUGAUACAUUGCAACGUGUCUCUGAAACACAUCGUUCCUAUGACGCACUUCAAUAUCCAAUACUGUUUUGGCAGGGAGAUGAUGGAUAUCAUUUUCAUUUGAAAAUGAUAAAUCCAACAACCGGUACGGAAACAACCAAAAAAAUUAGUUGCAUGAAUUAUUAUGCGUACAGAUUAAUGAUUCGAGAGAAUGGAGACAAUCAUAUUCUGAAGUGUCGGCAAUUGUUCCAUCAAUAUGUAGUGGACAUGUACGCAAAAAUAGAGACAGAGCGGCUGUUAUUCAUUCGACUCAACCAACGACAAUUAAGAUCGGAGGAAUACAUUCAUCUACGUGAUGCAAUUAAUACGGAUGGAAAUGCAAAUAACGUUGGUCGCAUCACAAUUCUACCAUCGACCUAUACAGGCAGUCCACGUCACAUGCAUGAAUAUGCACAAGAUGCAAUGUCAUACGUUCGGCAUUAUGGUCGUCCGGAUUUAUUCAUCACAUUUACCUGCAAUCCGACCUGGAAUGAAAUUAAACAAUGUUUGUUGCCCGGACAAUCGCACACUGAUCGUCAUGACAUCACGGCACGAGUAUUUAAGCAAAAACUAAAAUCAUUAAUGGGUUUAAUUGUCAAGUACAACGUGUUUGGUUCAGUUCGAUGCUGGAUGUAUUCAAUUGAAUGGCAGAAGAGAGGAUUGCCACAUGCGCAUAUUCUCAUUUGGUGUAUGGAUAAAAUUCAACCAAACGAAGUUGAUGGUAUUAUUUGUGCUGAAAUACCGGAUUCUGCAAUUGAUUCUGAACUAUUCCAAAUAAUUACAAAGAAUAUGAUACAUGGCCCAUGUGGUGCUCUUAAUUUACAUUCACCAUGUAUGAUUGAUGGCAAGUGCUCUAAACGAUAUCCAAAACAAUUCAUUCCAGAAACAAUAACAGGUAACGAUGGAUAUCCACUAUAUCGCCGUCGUUCAACACAUGACAAUGGUAAAUCAAUAAUGGUGAAAGUACGCAACAAUGACGUUGAGAUUGAUAAUCGUUGGAUAGUGCCAUAUUCGCCAUUAUUAUCCAAAAUCUAUAAAGCACAUAUAAAUGUAGAAUAUUGUAAUUCUGUGAAGUCCAUCAAAUAUAUUUGUAAAUAUGUCAACAAAGGCAGUGACAUGGCCAUUUUCGGAGUGGCACCUGAAAAUAAUCUAGAUGAAAUCCGACAAUAUCAGCUUGGCAGAUAUAUCAGCAGCAACGAAGCAAUAUGGCGCAUAUUUGCAUUUCCAAUUCACGAAAGAUAUCCAACUGUGGUACAUUUGGCUGUUCAUUUAGAAAAUGGACAACGAGUAUAUUUUACCACAGAAAAUGUUUUCGAGCGAGCAGCACAACCACCAGCAACAACAUUGACUGCUUUUUUUGCAUUGUGCCAAACUGAUGACUUUGCUGGAACGUUAUUGUACUCAGAAGUUCCACGUUAUUUCACGUGGAAUGCUACCAGAAAAACAUUUGAACGUCGGAAACAAGGUAAACCAGUAACUGGCCACCCACAGUUAUUUUCAAGUGAUGCCUUGGGUCGAUUAUACACUGUACAUCCAAACAUGGCUGAAUGCUAUUAUUUACGUUUGCUGCUGAUUACUGUGCGUGGCCCCACAUCAUUUCACAGUUUAAGAACUGUAAAUGGCGUAUUGUGCGAAUCAUAUCGUGACGCCUGUCAACACUUACAUUUACUUGAAAACGAUGAACAUUGGGACAAUUCCCUUCACGAAGCAUCACUUACAGCUUCUUCAUAUCAAAUGCGUACAUUAUUCGCAAUUAUAAUAUCAACAUGCUUUCCAUCAAGACCUGUACAACUGUGGGAACAACAUAAAGACGCCAUGACAGAUGACAUUUUACAUCAAGCACGUAAUGCAAGUGAACACACAGAAUUACAAUACACUGCGGAGAUGUAUAAUCAAUCAUUAAUUUACAUUGAAGACAUGUGUUUGAUGAUGGCGAAUAAACUCCUUAAUCAAUUGGGACUGCCAUCACCAAAUCGAACCAUUACAGAAGUUUGCAAUCGUGAAAUACAACGUGAAACACAGUACGAUACCAAUGCAUUACAUACAUUUGUUCAAGACAACAUAACAAACAUGAAUCAGCAGCAAACGCACGUCUACAACACUAUUAUGCAAGCCAUCAAUGAGAACAACGGUGAAUUGUAUUUCCUAGAUGCUCCCGGAGGUACUGGAAAAACAUAUUUAAUUGCGUUGAUUUUGGCCACAGUACGAUCAAACGGCAAUAUCGCGUUGGCAAUAGCGUCUUCUGGAAUUGCAGCCACUUUGUUAGAUGGUGGAAGAACGGCACAUUCUGCAUUAAAAUUGCCAUUAAACAUGCAACUAACAGAAACACCAACAUGUAAUAUUUCGAAAACAUCCGCAAUGGCAAAGGUUCUUCAACAAUGCAAGAUUAUUAUAUGGGAUGAAUGCACAAUGGCACACAAAAAGUCUUUAGAGGCACUGGAUCGAACCUUGCGAGAUUUGCGCACCAACCAACAGCCAUUUGGAAAUGCGAUUAUAUUAUUAGCAGGUGAUUUUAGACAAACUUUACCAGUCAUCGCACGAUCAACUCCAGCAGAUCAAUUAAACGCAUGUUUAAAAUCAUCUCAUUUGUGGCGAUUGUUUCACAAACUAUCGCUUACUGUAAAUAUGCGCGUACAGUUACAAAAUGAUGCAUCAGCCAAUUCAUUUGCAAGCCAAUUAUUGGACGUUGGAAAUGGAAAAUGUGCUACGGACAAUACAACAGGAUUAAUAACAUUGCCUGCAGAUUUUUGUGUUACUACUGAAUCACAAGAGGAGUUAAUUGCAAGUGUGUAUCCCAACAUUGUAGAUAAUUAUACAAAUCAUCAAUGGUUAAGCGAUCGCGCUAUAUUGGCAGCUAAAAACAAAGACGUAAGUGAUAUUAAUAUUGAGAUUCAAAACAAGCUUAGUGGCCAAACCAACAUCUACAAAUCUAUUGAUUGCGUUAUGGAUCCAGAUGAAGCUGUAAAUUAUCCAAUAGAAUUUUUAAAUUCACUUGAUUUACCUGGAACUCCUCCUCAUAUUCUGCAAUUAAAAAUUGGUGUGCCAAUCAUUCUGUUACGCAAUUUACAUCAACCAAGGCUUUGUAAUGGAACAAGACUGGCUGUAAAACAAUUGCUGAACAACAUCAUUGAAGCAACUAUAUUAUCUGGCAAAUACAAAGGCGAAAACGUAUUGAUUCCACGUAUACCAAUUAUUCCAUCAGAUAUGCCUUUCGAAUUUAAGCGAAUACAAUUUCCCGUCCGACUGGCAUUUGCUAUGACCAUCAAUAAAUCUCAAGGGCAAUCGCUUCAAGUAUGUGGAUUACAUCUUGAACCACCAUGUUUCUCACAUGGACAAUUAUACGUUGGAUGCUCACGUGUUGGUAAACCGUCUUCAUUAUUCAUCUUCACACAUGCCAAAACAACAAAAAAUAUUGUUUAUGAAAGAGCGUUGCAAUAA